GAGGGGAGAGUUUGCUGGCUGGAAGCAAGAAAAGCAUCUCUGCUGGAAGGGACAGGCUGGGACGAAGUCCACCAGCAGGCAGUGAAGUGGGAGUGCCCAUGCAAGAUUUUUGACUCUUGGAGGGGAAAGCAUUACCAUGAAACGGGAACAGGAACUCUUCCCUCUUCUGCUGCUGUUGGGAGCAAUUGCCACUUUCCAGUGCCAGGACUUUCCCGUGCGCAUUAAAAGAGGUGCUCGAUCAAGAGCCAUAUGUAGAGACCCAUCAACCCAACGGGUUUACCAGCAAAGGGAAAGCUGGCUACGUCGCGCCAACAGCAGAGUUGAAUAUUGUCGGUGUGAGAGUGGCCGCAGCCGCUGCCAUGCAGUGCCUGUCAAAGCCUGCGCACAGCAGCAGUGCUACAACAGAGGCAUCUGCCAGCAAGCAUUGUACUCCCCCGGCCACUUCGUCUGCUCAUGCCUCCCGGGCUUCUCUGGGAAGCAGUGUGAGAUUGAUGCUGAAGCCACGUGUUACGAUGAUGCCGGAGUGACGUACAGGGGAACGUGGAGCACAACUGAAAGCGGAACCGAGUGCUUGAACUGGAACAUUAGUGCCUUGGCGCAGAAGCGGUACAACGGGCGCCGGGUGGAUGCCAUGCAGCUGGGGCUUGGCAAUCACAACUACUGCCGAAAUCCAGAUGGGGACUCCAAACCCUGGUGCCAUGUUUUCAAAGCAGGAUCGUAUUCCUGGGAAUUUUGCAGCAUCUCUUCCUGCUCCGAGGGAAACGAUAACUGUGUUUCUGGAAGGGGCACCGAUUACCGAGGCAGUCACAGCCACACGGAAUCUGGUGCCACUUGCCUGAGAUGGGACUCCAAAAUCCUUACUAACAAGCUCUACACAGCCUGGAAGACUGAUGCACAACAGCUAGGCCUUGGCAGCCACAACUACUGCCGGAAUCCAGACAAUGACACCAGACCAUGGUGCCAUAUCCUGAAGGGCAGCAAGACACACUGGGAAUUCUGCAAUGUGCCAGCUUGCUCCACCUGUGGAUUGAGGAAUCACAAAGAGGCCCAGUUCCGGAUCAAAGGAGGCCUCUAUUCAGACAUCCAGUCACACCCAUGGCAGGCAGCCAUUUUUGUCCGGUACCGGAGAGUACGUGGACAACACUUUCUCUGUGGAAGGAUCCUGAUCAAUUCCUUCUGGGUCCUCUCAGCGGCCCAUUGUUUUGCCGACGGGAUCAAUGACAAUCGCCUCAAGGUUGUGUUGGGUAGGACUUCCCGUAUGACCCCCGAAGAAAAGGAGCAACAGUUUGAAGUGGAGAAAUCCAUUAAGCAUGAAAAAUUUGAUCCAAUCACGUUUGACAACGAUAUCAUUCUGCUGAAGCUGAAGUCCAGCUCCGAAGAGUGUGCAAAAGAAACAGACACUGUUCGUGCUGCCUGCCUCCCAGAGCCUGGCCUGAAACUGCCUGACUGGACAGAGUGUGAGAUCUCGGGCUACGGCAAGCACGAGGAAUCUUCUCCCUACUACUCAGAACGUCUGAAGGAAGGUCAUGUGAGGCUGUAUCCGGACAGCCGCUGCACACCCCGGCAGCUCUCCAACAGGACCGUUACAGAGAACAUGUUAUGUGCAGGAGAUACUAGGCAGCUGGAUGAUGCCUGCAAGGGUGAUUCUGGGGGGCCUCUGGUUUGCCUGAAAGAUGGCCACAUGAACCUCAUUGGCAUCAUCAGCUGGGGUGAUGGCUGUGGGAAGAAAGACAAGCCUGGUGUGUACACGAAUGUGGUUCGCUACCUGAGCUGGAUUCAGGAGAACAUGAAGCCCUGAUUGGCAUCCAUAAGCCAUGUUAAAGCCUCCCUCUUGUUCUCUGCUCUGGAAUCUCCUUGUAUCAGGGAGAUGCGGUGGAUGUCAAAACAAGAAGCUCUUUUCAUGAUCACCAGGACAGGCUGGCACAUGACUGGCAGAAGAGGGGCAUGUUUCAGUCUGUACCUUCCAUACCUCUUCAGAGGUGAUUAGUUUAGGUGCUUGGGUUGUGUAUUUUUUUUCUGUGCCUGUUCACUGAGUCACAGGGAUGCAGCUGGUACCAACAACACCCCUCCCCAGAAAGCAGAGAUUGGCAGGAAAAGCAUGUGCAGUGCUGCUGCAGACACGUGCAAGAGCAUCUGGGAAAUCUGGUGCCUGAACUGUGAACUUUGCGUACAGAGGAGCAUGGACACAGUCUUUGGGUGACUGGCUUACAUCCUGCAGCACUCCCAUUCCUGUCUGAAGUUACAAUGGUGCCAGCUCCAGAAUGAGGGUGGGAGGGUCUUGAGCAAAGGCUCAGUGGGAAUGCUUAAUUCCCCCCCCCCCCUAAUAACCUUCUUGGGCAUUCCUUGAUAAGUGACAAUAGUGGUGCUGUUUUGGGGUGGUGGGUGCUUUGCAAGUCUUGCAGCCCCUAGCCCAUGCCUGACCUUGUCAUCCUUUCAAGCCGGCAUUGUUCCCAAGAAAAGAAGUGAGCAUUUGGAAUAGAGGGUCCUGCUGUCACUACAAGAGACAACUGGCUAAACAGAACUCAAGUGGAAAUGGCUGUCGGGAAGGAGGUUUUUGUUCCUGUCGGAGAUUCAGAUGGUGUCACAGUUCAGCCAGACUUCUAUCCCAACUUUUCUUGAACUUUGACGUUUCCUUCCAGACAAAAUUUGAAGGAUUAUUUUUAUACUCUGUGUGUAUUUAAACCUUCCUGCUAUGUGCUUGAAUAGCAGAGGUGUUUUUUUUUAACUGUUGCACAGUGAGACUGGUAACUUUAAAUUUUAGUCACUGGUGUGU